AUGGCGAAUACCGAAAGCCUCAGAGUUAAGAAUUUUCCAUUGUCUCUUACAAAAUCAGUGUUCACUUGGUUUACUACAUUACCCCCCAACUCUGUCGACUCAUGGCCAAAAUUGGAAAAGCUUUUCCAUGAGCAGUUUUAUGAAGGCCAUUUGAAAAUCAGUCUGGUCGAACUGUCGAGCAUCAAAAGGAGCUUCGCAGAGACCACCGACGACUAUCUGAAUAGGUUCAGGUCACUUAAAGCAAAAUGUUUCACGCAGGUGCCUGAACAUGAACUGGUUCAGAUGGCAGCAGGAGGUUUAGAUUAUUCCAUUAGGAAAAAAAUAAACCCAACAUUUGUCAAAAGUAUGUCGCAGUUAGCUGAUAGGGUUCGACACGUUGAACGCUUAAGACUAGAAAAAGUUAGGCAUACCAAAGCAAAAGCUAAAAAGGAAAAGGUAGCCUAUGUCGAUUAUGAUGAUACAGACCCCAUAUGCGAAGCUGACUACAUCUCGCCGACAGAGGCGGAGAUUGAUCUGGCCGAAAUGAAACCAGAACCAGCAUACGAAUGUAAAUCAUUGUUUCCGUCAAAAGGAAAAAAUGUCUCUGUUGAUAACAAUUCGAAAUUCCCUUCUAAAACUUACACUUUUGAUAUUAGUAAAUGCGAGGAAAUUUUCGAUGAUUAG